GGAGAUUUCCCGACCGACGCCCUUCGUAUUCUUGUCCCCGCUCGUAUUUUGUUCAUCACGAUUGUUCGUUCAUUACUGAAUUAAUUGGCGCGUUAUGUCGAGAUAUUCGAACUGUUCAAUGACAUCAGACUCCGAGAGCUCAUUAUCACUCGAAAAGACUUGUUUAUUGAGGAUUCAGCCAACUGGCACCCAUAAGAUUCACUACAACGCUCUGAGUGACUACGAUUUUAUGCUCAAGACACCGAAGCCCAUUGAUAUAUCUCUGGCGCUCCCACACUAUCGUGCACGCAAUCAGCCGAUAGACCACCGUCUGGCCAUGUUCAUUAGUAACGAGACAUCACCAAUUAAGCUCAAAGUUUGCCGCUCUGUGCCUCGUUGCAAGUUUUUCCUUGACAUCCGAACCACCACUUCCAACGUGACCGUUUGGUUGCCCUCAGAUUUUCGAGGUCACAUUCGUUGCUCGGGCACACCAUCUUUCUCAGCUGGUUUUGUCAACCGCAUGAUGGCAAAUGUCCGCGUGAAUGAGGCAAUGUCUAUGGAAGACAAUUGGGACAGUGACGAAGUAUGGGUCGAUACCCGCGGUCUGGUGACGUUCAGGAUGUGGGAUCUUCACACCAACGCUCCAGAGAGCCAGCCCAAAGAAACGUUGAAACGCAUUUUUAGUUCGACUUCUAAGAAAUUACCGGAGAGGAAUAUUAAUUGGGAUUUUCUCCUUGAGGAUUGAGAGCAACGUUUUCUUAUUUGUUCUGUCGCUCUUUUCGGUUUCUGACUUUAUUCGAACCGUACACUUCUUACAUGCUGACUGUCAGUGGAUUGGUCUUUAGGUUAUCUCUCUUCUCUCUUCUUUAUAUCCCCCAAUGUAGCACGCUUUCAUUCACACUACAUAAAUGUAGCCUUUUUAUACCUACCGCAAACAUCACUGUAUCAAUAUGAUCCUCCACGGACUGACAGACUUAUAGUAGGGACAUGACUUUAUAAAUAAUCGAUUCAAUUUAAUGCAUAAAGUAUUCGGCCAUCA